AUGACGUCACCGCCACUACCCAUUGAGGUCCCCAAAAUGGCGCAAUCCAAGGCCGACAAGAUUGAGCAGGUCAAGUCCAACCUGCCUCUUCCCGAGCAGCCGCCCCAGGCCUCUGACUGGCAAUCGGCCGACACCAAGACCACCGCUGUAUCCAGCGGCGGCGUUUCUGCUGGCGACGUCUCAACCGGCGACGGAGUCACUUCUGGCCUGCGCGAGCCUGCUACCAAAGCUUCUGGCGACGUUGACAUGAGCGGUAUCGGUCGCCAGGGCAAGGAGGGCUUGGAGGAUACGCCAAAGGAUGCACGGAGAUAGGCCACUUCUUCCCUGAAACACAAGGUGGCUAAGGAGGGAAAGGAGCAUAUCCAUUGAUUUAUAGUGGUCAUUCUGGCGUUAAGGACAAUCUGCAUUUUCUCGUCUCGGCAUUGCGAUGGAUAUGGGUGCAGUAGUCAAUCGGUACAUUUACCUCUCGGUAUCCAGCUCACUGGACACUGGACAAAUCAUCAGCAAUUGACUCACAAGCCUGGUUUCCGUAAUCACUCCCUGCUCUCUAGUACCUGUAACAAAGCUCUGACGACCCCGGCUUUACCAUAGGAGAGUGAAACCUGAAGCAAAGGGAAUGGUCACCAAGGAGCUUGAUACUAGCUUUGAGACAUGCAAUUGAACCCGAAUUCAGA